AUGCCGGAACUUCACGACAAUGUGUCACGUGUCAAACGCUUCAAUUUUCUCGGGACCACCAUUUUUGUCGGCCUUCGUGCAGCAGAUGUGUGGCUGCAGCGCGCCCUACUCGAGAAGGGCUGGGCAUCCAAGUUGGUCGAGAAGGCGGGUGGGCAACCCGUAAGCCUUGUGGACCCCAUCACUGCACAGAUACAGCCGUACUUUAACGUCAUCUCUCUGAUGGCUCUUGGCAGCAGCUUGAAGCAAAUUCUGACAAUGCUCAUCGUAUCGGAACAAGACACUCCACCAGCCUCAGCCUUCUUGAUUGCACUUUUCAACACUAUCUUCAAUUCUCUGAAUACGCUUCUCUCUGUCUGGGAUGUAACGUCACAGUCACCUGUUACCAUCCUCAGGUCGCCUCCAAUGCUGCUUGGAAUUAGCAUAUAUGCGGUUGGUAUCUCCGCCGAAAUGACAUCGGAACUUCAGCGGAUGAUAUUUAAAAGAAAUCCUAACAAUAAGGGUAAACCAUACUCUGGCGGCCUGUUUUCUUUUGCUCGGCACAUCAAUUACGGGGCUUAUAUACUCUGGCGAGCAUCCUAUGCCUAUACCUCUGCGGGAUGGCCAUGGGGUCUUCUUACGGGCUCGUUUUUCUUUCAUGAUUUCGCUACUGGAGGCGUCCCAGUUUUGGAUCGAUACCUUACAGAUAGAUAUGGCGAUCGAUGGGCAGCAAUCAUGUCUCGUGUUCCGUAUCGUCUGCUGCCAUAUAUUUAUUAG